UGUUCAAGAGCUAAAUAGUCUCUGUGUCUGUUCUGUCGGCACAACGCGCAGUCGCUCUACACCCAAAUCAUCUCUCUCACCAGCACUAGUACCACCACCAGCAGCAGCAGCACCAAGAAAAGAGAGUCUAUCACCGUGUAUCAACUCGCUAGCAUCUUCUACGAUAAGCCGCGAGCUUUGUGCACUCAAACUCAAAGUCCGCUCCAGUUAAAUCUAUUAACAGUCGCUGAUUUAACUCUUGUUUUUUCAACCGAACCUUUAUCACCUCAGUGGCUAGACAUCAAGACAAAUAUCAGCCGGUAAAUUUAUCAGUGUCUAUUGUUGAUAUAAUGAAGCUGUGGUGGAGUUUAUUAUUGGUACUGGGAGUCGUACUCUCAAUAAUGUCAAUUACGGCGCAAGCUGAAUCCGAUGUAUGGGAGGAAGAUGAUGAGAGAGAAGUACUUGUGCGAACUGUCAGAGGUACCAAAGACCGUGCAUCCGGAAGCAAUGGACCAGUUUGUAGAUAUUCAAAAGGUGAAUGGUCCGAAUGUGAUCCUAAAACAAAUAUGCGAUCACGUUCUCUGAGUUUGAAGAAAGGAGACAAAACUUGUGAACAAACUAAAAACAUUCAGAAGAAAUGUAAAAAGGGCAAAGCGUGUCGCUAUGACAAAGGAACAUUCAGUGCAUGUGUAAAUAUGUCAAUGACACGAGUGGAUAAUUUAAAACCCAAUAGCGAUUCAUCAUGCGAUCAAACGCGUCGCAUUACCAAAAGCUGUAAACCCGAGGCCGCUAGUUCGAAAAAAGUUACCAAAGCCGAUCGCAAUAGAAAAACUGGAAAGCAGUAAACAGUAAAAAAUUUUAAACUCAACAGCAAAUCGUAAGCCCGUCUUUUGGCAGUCGAUAUUUCAAUAGCGUUAUAUUAUUAUAUAUAUCAUAAUGUUAUAUAUAAAUAUAAAUAUAUAAUACUGACUGACGCACUAAAAAAAUGAAAAAAAAAUAAGACAUUUAUAAGCUAUGGCAUUUAUUUUACAGAAGAUAUACAAUUGAAAAAAAAAAUUACUGUUAAUGUUUUGAUGAUAAUUAAAAAUGAGAAAAUUUUUUGACAUUUUUUUUUUACUCGAUACAAUAAAAUAUGUACAAUAAUAUAUUAUCAUUAUUAUUGAACUAAGAUACAGUAAAAAGAAAAAGAAAAAAAAAGAAUUUGUCUCGUUCUUUGAUGAAUAAAUUUUUUUUAAUACUAAUUAUUGUUCUUGAAACAAUUAAUUGUUGAUUAAUGACAACGACUCGUAUUUAAUUGAAUACAUCCGUAAGUUAAAAAUAAUAAUAAUAAUAAAAAUAUUUAAACUCAAUUUUAUUGAGCAUUAAAAUCAAAUUCAAAUAAUUCAAUAAACAAAAAAUAAAACAAAACAAAUGAUAAAUAAUAAUGAUAAUAAUAAUAAUUAAUUAUUAAUUAAUAAAAUGAUAAUAAUCUUUUCAAUUUUAUGAUACAAUUUAUUGUAUGCGUUACAAUGUUUAGUAACGGGAAGAAAAAAAAAUUAAUGGACAUGUACUCAAUGCUACAAUUAACUGUAGUACUAAAUUACAUAUUUAACGCCAUAUCAUUGUAACAAUUAAUUAUUAAGAUUAAAAAAAAAAUAUGUCGUGAUUAUGAGAAAAAACUAAAUUCCGUAUAUUAAUUGUCGUGCAUUAAUGUAUUGAAUAUACGAUGAUACUAAAUAUUAAUGACUUUAAUUGAUAAAUAUAAUUAAUUAUAAAUGAAUUGAUGGUUAAUUAACGUAAUAACUUUUAUUAAUCAAACCGUAUUUUAAUCUCGGCAUUGUAACAUAGCGUGAUAGAGAACAAAACAAUGUUUGUGCCAUCUAGCGGUUCUUUUUAAUAAUUAAUAUAUAUAAAUAUAUAUUUCUUGAUUAUAACAAUUAGAAUCAGCUCUUACUAUACUUAUAUUAUUAAUUAAUAAUACAAUAAUUUGUAACAAUUAUAAUAUUGUUAUGGAAAAUGAUUUUUUUGUCACAAGUGUAGAGAAUUUAAAUCCUUUAAAUCUAGACCAGUCUAAUCUCAUUCGGUAUUUUAAAUUAGCGGUUGGAAAUUUAAUUAUUUAUUAAUAAUUAAAUUUAAAUUAAAUUAAUUAAUCGAUGGGGUUUUAAUGAAGUAAUCGGUGGUUGUAAUACCGAGUGAGAUGAAAACUCAUUCCAUCAUUCGACUAUUUACGACUAAAACUAUUGCUAUUAACUAAUCAAUAAAUAUUAAUAAUUAAUUAAUUUACUAAUGUAUUAAUUAAUUAAUAUCUUGUAUAAUGUAAUUAACUUAUGCGUACACAUGUAACAUGUAACAAAAAAAAUAAGAUGUUGUCAAUAAAAAAUAAUAAAAAUA